ACUUCCACACUCACAGCAGGAAAAAGUCGGGAAAGCACAUCUGUCCCCCGUAUGUCGCUGUUUCCUGGUGGCCCUGCGUGUGUUUGGAAGCUGUUGCGGAGAGUACCAGCAGGACAGCGGUUCACCGGAGCGCUGCCGAACCACUUGCCGCCACUUGGCCGCUGUUGAGGGCGGUGUAGUAGCGCCGCAACGCCGGGACGGUUCGCUGCGAUGGAGAACAUGUACUAACCGGAUUUUUUGGAAUUGUUUUUCCUGGAUUACUUGCCGGUUAAACCGACCCGACUCGGGUUUUGUUUUCCUCCGGUUCCUCUGGUAGUGUGGAAUAGUAAUUACUUUUUUCAAAAUGCCUGCAAAAACCAAGUAUAACCUGGUUGAUGAUGGGCAUGAUUUGAGGAUCCCGUUGCACAACGAGGAAGCGUUCCAGCAUGGGAUCAACUUCGAGGCAAAGUACAUCGGCAGUCUGGAUGUGACGCGGCCGAGCAGCAGAGUGGAGAUUGUGGCUGCGAUGCGGAGAAUACGGUAUGAGUUCAAGGUGAAAAACAUCAAGAAGAAAAAAGUCAACAUUGUGGUGUCUGUCGACGGCGUGAAAGUCAAUUUGAGGAAAAAGAAAAAAAAGAAGGAGUGGACGUGGGAUGAGAGCAAGAUGAUGGUGAUGCAGGAUCCCAUUUACAGGAUAUUCUAUGUAUCUCAUGACUCCCAGGAUCUGAAGAUUUUCAGCUACAUCGCCAGAGAUGGACAGAGUAAUGUCUUCCGCUGCAACGUCUUCAAGUCCAAGAAGAAGAGUCAGGCCAUGCGUAUCGUACGGACAGUCGGCCAGGCUUUCGAGGUUUGUCAUAAACUGAGUCUGCAGCACACACAGCAGAACGCAGAUGGACAGGAGGACUGCCACAGCGAAAAGAACGACUCCUCAGUCACAGCUCGGGAGCUAACAGGCGCAGAGAAGACAGCGUCUGUCACCGAGGAGACAGAUAUUGACGCGGAGGAGGUGAGCCAGGUGCCGGCAGCAGAGGAGUUAAACCUCAAUAGAGGGGUGACUGAUUUGGACGCCACAGCCAAGACACCUGACCUGAACCACUCAGAGAACAAGGCUUCAGAGGAGCCAUCUCUGCUGAUGUCCAGCCCCAGGAUGCUGCUCCCUGCAUCGGGCACGCUGCCACCAGGUGCCCCCCUGUCUGUCCACCACCAGAUCCAGCUCCUCCAGCAGCAGCUCCAGCAGCAACAGCAGCAGACACAAGUGGCCGUGGCACAGGUUCACCUGUUGAAGGACCAGCUGAGUGCGGAGGCCACGGCUCGGCUGGAGGCCCAGGCUCGAGUCCACCAGCUGCUGCUCCAGAACAAAGACCUGCUGCAGCACAUCUCCCUGCUGGUUAAACAGAUCCAGGAGCUGGAGACCAAGAUGUCUGGACCCAACUCCAUGGGAUCUCAGGACAGUUUACUGGAGAUCACCUUCCGGUCUACGGUGCCCUCAGUGAUGUGCGACCCCACGACGCCUAAAUCCGAGGUGUCCGCCAUCAACCUGCCCGCGCUCUGCACCACCGACGGGACCAGCAACGCCUUCUCAUCUUCCAAUGGGAAUCUGGGAAGCCCCCUAGUCGAUCAAAGUAUGUUUGAGAACUCCAUUGCCCAGCAGCAAAGUCCACAGAUCUCCAGGCCAGGCCAGACCUCAGCCCGACGCUCCCCAGCGUCAGCUAAUCCUAACCUGGGGUCUAGCUCCAUCGACUCUCCAUCCUCCGGAGGCCAACAGAGGCUUAAGAAUGCCAUUAAUCUGGGCAAAGCUGUCGGCGCAAAGGUCAAUGACUUGUUAAGAAGAAAGGAGCCCAGCCACAUUGGGGACAUUGGGGUCACUGAGGUUAACAAGAAUGUCGGUGCUGUGUGGAGUAUGGACCAACUCAACCAGACCACUGCAAACAGCCACAUCUCCUCCUUCGACUCCUUCCCUCGGCUCGACCCGCCACCGCCAUCAGGAAAGAAGCGCCUCCCUCGAGCGCUGAAGACCACCCAAGACAUGAUGAUCUCGUCUGACCCCGUGGUCUCCUCACCGGACACUGCCGAGUCUUCCUCCUUCAUCUCCUCUCCUGACAAGACGCCCCUCAUCGCCAAGGAGGAGCUGAGGAUCAAUGAGGAGCAGCAGCAGGGCGAGAAGGAGGAGGAGGGGUCAGAAGAGAUCCCGUUGUCACUGGACCCAGCAGAGGAGAAAGCUGCUGCUGAUUUGGACACGACGGGAAGCAACGGCAAAGUUGAUGGAGCGAUAGAAGUAGAAGAAGAUGCUGUGGAAAACGGGAGCACUGAAGGAGGCGAGGAGGAACAUCAGCCCCAGCUCCAGCUCUCUGUGCCAGACCUCAUCAACAAAGACCCCCCGCAGCUGGAGCCCAGAGCUAAGUCCUCCGACGUCUGGCAGAAGGUGUCAGGGCCAGACUCCCGGCUGGCCUCCACCCCCUGCUCGGGGAAAACUCCCUGUCGCAUCAGCCUGGGCGAGGAGGUCCUCAUGGGAAACGGCGCCCCCUACAGUAAAGGCACCGGAGUGAGUCCUGAAGACUCGGAGCCCCACCCAGACCUGCUGUCGUUUGAGUAACCAGCACAGCCGGGAUCACCAGUUUAAUAUGUCUCAAAAAGUUUGGAACUCUUUCUUUUAAUUCCGACUCGAGAUGCUCAAGAGGUAAAUCAAACAGACUUCAGUAAGAACUGUGGAUCAAAUAUUCACUGCCACUUUUAAUUACAUAACUCUCCCUGCUCCAGGGUUUGCUUGAGGAAAAGGGAACAAGUGCUUCCAGGAGCCAGGACAGGGGCCGGAUCUGAUGCUUUUUACCUUUUUAGAGACUUUUUAGAUGAGUUUAAAGGUCACGGUGAUACAACCUGGCCAAGCUAAUGACACUGCCAGCUUCUUCCUAGUGAUAUGAACACAAAGCUGACCAGCACUAGAUGAUCAAUAAGCAGCAAGAGAGAAUAUGGGUUAGAGGUGAGGGUUCAUUAUUAUAUAUAUAGUGCAGAGAAUCUUUUUUUUAAAUGUAACAUUUCAUCUACAGAACACAUAACUAUUGAGAAAUACAAUUUUAUCACAAUGUAGUCAUCAUGUUUUAGCUAUAAGAACGUGUCAUGUCUGCUUUAGAAAUGCAAUAAUGCCAGAUAAUGUAAUAAUGAAUGUAAUUAAUGUAAUGAAAUAUCCCUUUAAAUGGGCUGAAAAUGUAAAAUCCUGUUAAUGAAUUUCUGGCAGGCGUAAAACAACUCCAAAGUAAUAUGACUGUUUCCUGAAAAAGAAAAAACAUUAUUACUAUCGUUUUCUAAAAAAAGUUGGGUUGUACUAAUCAGUAUUAAGUUAUUAUAUUAUCAAGCCAUUAAUUUCAAAAACCCUUUUUGACAUCUUUAAAACCAUUUAAAGGGAAAUUUAUUUCAUGGUGGUAAUACUCUAAGUCCAUGUCAUACAAACGCUGCUACAGUGAGCCAAUUACUAACUGCAACUUAUAUGAGUUAUAUAGCGACAUUAUUUACAUCCAGUAUAAUUAGAAUAACUAAGUUUUAGCAGUGUAAUCAUAUUUGUAGUUAAUCUGGAGAACUGAAUGCAGACUCAGGAGGAGUUGAAGGAAACGAGAGGAAGAGGCUGAACGAAUGUGGACGUGUUAGAGAAGGAAGGGUCUUGGGGAAGUUCACUUUCAGUUCAUUUGGUACAAAAUGUCAAGCAGCAGUUUCUGUCGGAGUUUGACCAGGACUGGAAACCUUUUGACCCUCAGGGUCAUCCAUAUUCAAUUAUUUCUGACUCCUUUUUGGUCCAGUAGGAGGUUUAGAAGUUGCCCCCUCCUACGCUGGCCUUUGGCACAGAUUGUGGCCCUGAAAGUGUCUGUUGAAAGCUCUCAGCCAGUAGGAGUAUUGAUCAGAAUCCCAAUGAAUAGGUAGCUUCUGUUUUGAUUUAGAUUUUUUUUUAAACAGAAGAUAAAUCUGGGAUUUAUUUAUUCAUAUUUUUGAAUAUUUAAAAUAAACUGGAUGCAAAGAUUGUGUAUAUCAAUAUGAAAAUCCAGGUGUAAACUGGAAUCUAAAGAUUUCUGGGUACUUUUUGGGACUCCAGCAGCGAUCUUAGUUUUGCAACCCAUUUUUCUGUUCACUUUUUGUUGCUGGAAGCAUAACCUGAACUGUCUUCACCAGUUUGGUUCCAGUUCAGAGUGAAACAGUGCCCUCUGGCAGCAAGAAACAUAAUGCUGGGAAUUAAAAUCCAAGUGAAAAAGUUAAUUUGUUAUACUAAUUAAAAAAAAAAAAAAUGUAUUUAUGAAGCAGAUUCUGAUUAUUUACAUACAUGCAUUACCUGCGCCUCUGGUGUAUGAUGAGAAUGGUUUCCAGGCCUCCUGGCUGAUAACAAAAUGUGAACUGGAUGAACCUGAAAGUGGAUUCUUAUUUCCCCCCCGAAAACCCCUGCCAGAGAGUCUCGAUGGAUAGCUGGGCGGCAUGUGGAGGGCAAGCUAGUGAAAAGUUAUUUUGGAGCAAAAGAGAGGCAAGAUAAUGAGCUGUCAACAGAAAGAGAUGAAAGAGGUGUAUUUUAUUCAAGGAGAUCAUUAAGUGACAGACCAAAGACACAAAUUAGCGGCUCAGUCAGACAGGUUGUUUUUGUCAUAUUGUGUAAUCGCUCUGAAAGUUUAUUUCCACUGAAGUUUAGAUUUGAGCUGUCUGUAUGAAAAGAGAAGCAAUAAUUCAUGCAGAAGAUAUUUUUUUCUCCUUUAUUUUCACUUCAUCUACUAAUGAAAAAGUGAACCAAAGUCAAAGUAGUUAAAACACUUCAUAGCAAUUAACAUCCUUUAGGUAAAUCUUCAGACUUUUCGGACUCAUGGGAGCGAAUCUGGUUUUAGAGCUUCAACGUUUAGUCAAUUAAUCGAUUAAUUGAAUACUAUUGAAUAAAUCGCCAGCUAUAUUGCUAAUAAUUCAUUUCUAAGAAAGACAUUUUUAGCUUCUCAAAUGUGAAAGUUUUCUGGUUUCUUUAAUCCGCUAUGACCGUGAACGGAAUAUUUUUGGGUUGUGGACAAAACAAGACAUUUGAGGACAUUUGAGGACAUUUUAUGGACCAAACAACUAAUCGAUUAAUUGAGAAAAUGACAAAUGAAAUGAUAAUGAAAGUAAUCGUUAGUUGCAGCCUUAUCCGCUGUGUUCGGCUGCCUAAAGGUGAGCUAACAUUAGCAGAAGAUAUCCAGCUGUUGGAUCAGUAGCUGUUCAUUCAGUCCGCUUUACUUCAUGUGUCGCUGUAGCAGGAUCAGGAACAUGCUGUAAUAAUUGUUUUAGCACAAUCAAAGUUCAGAUCUGUACUUUAUAACACUAUUAUCUGAGCUUCUGUCUGUGCGACUGCAUCAACAUUCACAGUUUUUUUUUUCUGUGAGGUCCUGAAGCGGUGUCUAUAAGUGACCACUGUAUUCUUGCAGGGAUUUCCUGAACCUCGAAAAAUAGCGAAGAAUUCCCAGAAUACAGUGACACAGACACAGAGAUACAGCUGUAGUUGCGGUCAGGUCAUGCCCAGCAGAAUGAGUGGAAUGUGGAGCUGGACUCUGUUAGAGAAAGGAAGCUUUGUCUCUCUGUCUCUGUGUGUCUCUCUAACUUUGUCUUACAUACUAAGUGCCCUAAAAGAUCCCCCAUUCAUUUUAAAACUGUAACAAAACAGCCGACAUCCCCCACAAAACAAAUGAAAUUACCCGGUUAGUUUUAUCUUGCAAUCAGACUUAUCUUCAACUUAAAGUUCUGAAUAAAACCUGGAACUUUGUUUGUGGGGGCACAUGCUGCUGUUGAGUUUUUCAAAUGUCAAUUUCAGCGCUUUGAGCAGCACAAACAAACUAUCUCCAGCGUAUUGGGGUGGCAGAUGUCUCAGCUGUGGAUGUUUCCAAAACAAAACAAUUUGCAUUGCUAGAUAGCACGUAAAUUGGAAAAUCGGAAAAGUGACAUUUGGGUGAACUGACCUUUCAAGAUCAGGGAGCAAGAAUGGAAAAAUGUUCUGAAAACAAAUGCACUGAAGCACCCACAGGCACCAACACAGCUUGAACAAUGAAAAUAUGCCCAAAACUUAAUUAAUCACACAUAUUAAAAACAGGACUUUCACAUCAUAUUGACGUAAAAACAACAUUUUAAAAGAUUUUGAUGCUUCAGUUGUGUUUUUGUGUUAUUAUUUAUUGAACUGAAAGCCCCUGAAUCCUGGUUUCAAAUUACUUUUGUAUUUCUAAUAAUAAAAAAGGACUGCAUGUGCAACAACCAAGGUUAAAGUUUAGAGGAAAAAAAUACUCUUGGAUUUUAUUUAUGAGUUUUACAUUCAAGUGAGCUCUGUCCACUCUGUAAAAGCAAAGAGAGAAACACAAAUACAGAAAACUCUCACUGGAAAUAACCAAAAUUGGCACAAAAGUGUUUCACAUUGUCAUCUGUCUGGCUUCUGAAAUCUAUUUUAAGCAACACUAAAGUUUGUCUUUAGGAUUCAUGAGUCAUGAAUUGCUGCACACCUGGAUGAACCAGGUAUCAGAGAACACACUCGAUCAGACUGAAAACAGCUGUUUGUAUUUAGUCAGAAGGUAAAAAGAUGCUCAGAGGGCGUCACACUGUCUGACAUGCUUUGUUUCAUCUGUGACAGAGCAGCUCUGUCCAGUUACCGUGGCUCAUUUAAAACCACUAAGAUUUAUUUUGUAUUUUUCUGAUGAAGGAAUGGUGGUGUACAUUUUUAUGGAAAUUUUCUAUCUCUCUUUUUACAAUAUCUGUGAAUAUGCAAAUUGGUUCUUGCUCUAACAAAUGAAGGAACGUGAUUUAUUUUGAUAUUCAGUCAUAGAAUCUAGUUAUGGCAAUCUGUGUUAUUUAGCUGAUACAAGAAGAAAUGAUCUUGCUUUCUGUUUUAAUGUUGUUGAAUCAUGUUUUCUUUUUGUCUUUGUAAAGCCAGUCAACAUAAUUUCAGCAAAUACGAUGAAUGAAGGACACUAAAUGCAGCACAGUUUUGAAAACGAUAAAGCAAACCUGGGACUCGAUUGUAUCGGAAAACUGCUGCAACUUAAAUUAAUUCUUUCAUUUUUAUUGAAAAUAUGCUACAAAAAUCAAAAUGAAUAAUUUAGCCUUUUUUGUUUUAUUUUCCGAAUGUAUCUUUUUUAAAGUGGGGAUGUAAUAACUCCUGUAAUGACUGUAAUCUUUUUUAAAUCUGGAAAUAGACCUAAUCGUGACCUUA